AUGGGCCACACGAACGUGGUCAAGCUGCUGGUGGAGGAACACCGGGCCGCCGUGGACGCGAGGGACGGCGCUCUGUGCACCCCCCUUCACGCCGCUAGCGAGGGGGGUCACCCCGUGGUCGUGGAGCUCCUGCUGCGCCUUGGGGCAGAGGUGGACGCCAGGAACGGCAAGAAGCAGACGCCGCUCCACUACGCUUGCGGCUACGGGCAGAUGGAAGCCGCGCAGCAGCUGGUGAUCCGCGGGGCGUCGGUCGGGGCGCAAGACGCCAAGGGAAACACGCCUUUGCACCUAGCGUGCGGCUUGGCGGGGACCGACGUGGUGCGGCUGCUGCUGGCGCACGGUUCCCCUUUCAACGCGCUCAACGACCGCCGUCGGCAUCCGUUGCACCUGGCGUGUCGGGGCGGGCACCUGGAGGUGGCCAUCACUCUGCUGGAGUACGGCGCCGACCCGUCGGCGAAGGAUGCCCACGGAAAACAGGCUAUCGACAUGGUCGGGGCCGGGCGGCGCAUCCCACAGGGACUGAGGUUUGACAUCAUCAAUACGCUGGAGAGGUACCAGAUGGGCGAGUACGCGAUCGCAAGGGCUCCGCUGAGCUCGACGCGAUCGCUCCGCCAGAUGUGGAGGGACCGGGACAGCGGCGAGAGCACGCCACGGGCAAGCACCGCACGCGCGGGCUCCCUGCCGAGCAGCGCGGUAGGCGGAGCCGGCCAAGGAGGAGCGGCGGCGGCGGCGGCAGCAGCGGGGGCCGCCGCCGCGGCGGCAGCGGCGGCGGCGGCGGGCGGCUGCUUCGACGGCGGGGGGGGCUCAACGAUCUACUCCUCCCGCGGGGGGUCGAUCUCUAGGAAGGGGUCGAUGUCCCUCGAUGGGUUUUCCACGGCCUCCAUGGGGGCCGGCGGAGAAGGCGGUGGUCCUCUCUCGGUACGAGGGGCCGCCAUGAGACAUUCCUCGAGGGGCUUCUCGGAAGGGGAUGGGAGGGGGGAUGGGGGCGGGGGCGGGGGUGGGGGUGGGCGCAGUCCUCGGUGGACGGUGGGCGCCGCGGUGGCCGGGCGGCUGGAGGGGAUGAGGGCGCGCGAGCUGGGCGCGAGCCUUCGGGCGAAGGUGCAGGAGAACGAGGCCAUGAAGCGAUACGUCGAGUCCGUGACGGAGGAGAUGCGCGCGCUCCAGCAGAAGAUCUCGCAGCAGUCCUCGCCGGCCUCUCCCCCGCCGCCGCUGCCGCCGCCGCCCCCGAUUCUGUACUCCUACGCGGGGGGAGGAGGAGGAGGAGGAGGAGGAGCCGGUACAGCGGCACCGUUGGUGACGAGCAGGCCCGGGGAGGAGCAGCUCUCCAUCGCCGAGAAGGUGGCCCGCGGGAUCGGAGCGGCGCGGCAAGACCCCGCCGCCCAACCCGGCGCCGGCGCCGGCGAAGGACUACUUGAUGGCCGCCGGAACCCCAACCCCUCGCUGCGGGGGGCGACGGCGCUUGGAGCGGACGGGGGGUUGGGGACGGAGGCGGCUGCGGCGGUGCCCAAGGCACGGGUGGUUCAGGUAGACGGGGGCUCGGCGGUAGCAGAGGCGCCCGCUAUGACGAUGCAGCGGGCGGGUGGUGACGCCGGAGCGGUGGCGGCGGCGGGGCUUAAGGGGGGCGAGUUUUCGUCGUUCACAGCAGCAGCAGGAGCACCUGCUGCUCCUGGGUAUGGGGACGCGCAGGGAGAGGUCGGUACCGCGGAGGCGGUGGCGGUGGCGGUUACAGCGGCCCAAGUUCCGCCGUCUGUCGAGGCGACCAUGGUCGGCGGUGGCGGAGGCAUCUCGUCCGAGCAACAGCAGCAGCCUGUCGGCGUCGAAGCGGGAGCGGUACGGGUCAGCAUUUCUCAGCUCCUCGACGCCAAGCGCGCGCAGCUUCAGAGCAUCUUGGACGCGCCGCACAUCCAAGCCUAA